UAGAACGCAUAUUUUUCUUUUCUGGCUGAAUACUUCAUUAAAAGCACUCUUCUCGCAAAAGGCGAACUCUGUUGCCGUAAAAUAACAAUCAUAUUCUUUGCUUACCAAGAUUUUGCACCCCAUAUCUCAGUUUGGGGAUUAAGAAGCAGGAGAGGUUUGAGAGACAGAAGGCGGAGGAGAGAAGGAAGUUGGAGUUGAGAUUGGCCGAGGCGGAGGAGAAUUUGAGACAGCAGCAGAGUGUGGCAGCUGCAAACGCACUGCAGAUCAGAGACAAAGACAGGAAAUGGCUAACCAAGCUCAGUGGAAGAAGACUGCGGAGACAAUGCUGAGAGGAUCAAAAGGGAAGAGCAUAGGGGAUACAGCAGUGGAGAUCAGAGAUGUCUUAUCGAAAAUAGUCCCUGAGAGCUUUUGGUUCAUCACUGUUUCUGCAAAUAGCAGUUUCUUUUUUACCAAUGAAUUUAGUGUCAAGUGUAAAGAUGGAGUUGGUGAGACAGCAGAGUGGACAAUGAACAAGACAGAGUACCCCUACAACAUGCACAUCUACACUCUCCGUAACACUGACUACAACAGUCGCAAAGAUGCAACUGAUGAGGAGAGGGCGAAGGCAGAGAGUGUGAGUAAGAGUGUGUUGUUUGAUAUGGAGAGUACAUGGAGAGAGGUUCUGGGAUUUGGGAGUAUGACGUCACAAAAGAUGAGGGAUGAGGUCAUCGCCCGUCUGGACAGAAAUAGACUCAAGUGGAUGUAUUGUAAAGAUGGAGUUGGUGAGACAGCGGAGUGGAUGAGCAAGACAGACUACCCCUACAGCAUGCACUUCUACACUCUCCGCACGUCAUACUACAACAGUCACAUAGACGCAACUGAUGAGGAGAGGGCGAAGGCAGAGAGUGUGAGUUAG